CUCGGGCUUCGCCACUUGUGGCUGCCACAAAGGCGGGGUCCGCUCAUGUUCCGCAUGCUCCUCCAAGCGGCGCCAAUCGGGCAUCGGCGACAAGCGACUCCUAAUAGCGGGGUUUAGAGGCACGCUCAUUAGGGAGGUUUCUGCAACGAUCUGGGCCUGCUCCUUGGGGCGCAUUCGACCGUUUGAUAUGGACUCUGGGCUGUUGAGAGACCUUCCUCUUUGGGGUUCCAGUUUCCACGACUCCAUCGCCAAGGAAAAUUUAUAGCCGCUCUCACAAGUGCCGGUAUCUGAAGGCCGUUUUCGUCUUCAACCCUACAGGACCUGCUUCUCUUCCAUCAGACUCUCAGAGACCUCGCAAGGCGCUUCUCCUACGGCCCAUCAUGUCGCUCUCGCACGAAGUCUCGAUGGACCUCCCGGUCAUCGACCUGGACGUGUUCCUCCAGCAGCCGCGCGACUCGCCGGCGGUGCAGGCCGAGUGCGCCAAGGCGGCCAGCGCCCUCAUCACGUACGGCGCGCUGGUGCUGCACGACUCGCGCGUGUCGGAGCAUGACAAUGACACCUUCCUGGACCUGCUCGAGGACUACUUUGCGCAACCCGAGGAGGAGCUCAAGAAGGACGAGCGGCCCGAGCUGGCAUACCAGAUCGGCGUCACGCUCGAGAACACCGAGAAACCAAAGUGCGCCGUCGACGAGCCGUGCCUGCGCGUCAUCGAGCGCCUGGCCCCCUCGGAGCGUCCCCUCGAUAUCUCGGCGCACUCGCCCGACCCCAAGUGCCGCUUCUUCUGGCGCAUGGUCGAGCAGCCGCCGUACGAGACGCAGUUCCCGGGCUUGAAUGCGGCAAACAUCACGCCCGAGGCACCUCAUAUCAAGGAGCGCUGGGGACCGGUGAUGAACCAGUGGGGGACGUCAAUGAAGAAUGCUGUUGAAGGACUCACACAAAUGACGGCCGUUGGCCUUGGCCUCCCGGCAGACACAUUCAAAGAUGCAGGCCGAUAUGGGCCCCACCUGCUGGCCCCGACCGCCUCUGACCUCCAAAAGUACGGCCAGAAGGACACCAUCCUGGCGGGCUUCCACACGGACCUCAACUUCCUCACCAUCCACGGCCGGUCGCGGUACCCGGGCCUGCACAUCUGGGCGCGCAACACGGGCAAGCGCAUCCCCGUCAAGAUCCCGCAGGGCAACUACCUGCUCGUGCAGGCCGGCAAGCAGCUCGAGCACCUGACGGGCGGGCUCGUCAAGGCUGGGUACCACGAGGUCGUCGUCAACGAGCGGACGGUGCAGGUGAUUAAGGAGCGCAAAACCCGCCUGCCGGACCGCCCGCUGAUCCGCAUCUCGUCGACCUUCUUCUGGCAUCUCUCGUCGGAUUAUGACCUCGCGCCGAUCCCCGAGCUGGCUGAGAAGGCGAGGAGUGUUCGGGCGCAGCAGUUCAACCUGGGCCGCGAUGAGGGCGAUGAGGCUCAGUACCCGCCGAUGAAGGUCGGCGAGCAGGUGUCAAAUGAGCUCAAGCACAUUGCGCUGAUGGCGACAAGCUGAUAAAUCACACUGCAUCAAUGACGAAACUUGGUUGGCGUCGUUUAGUUGUUUGAUUAUGGACCGGCUCGGAAAAUGUGGGAUUGAGACAUGAGCAGAAGCUGGAAGACGAUCGAAAUGGUCCCGGCAGGCCCGGAUAGUAGUGCACCUGGCCCCUGAGUCUAUUGUCAUUAAUGCAAUCAGAACCGCUGUUAUGCGCCCAGAGUCCUUUUGUGCAGUGACGAAUCUUGACCUCUCAGCUUUCUAUGAGAUUGGUUGCAAAAGACUGGG